AUGAAGGUCUUUUCCAACUCGGUCACCUUCAACUACUCGUGGGAUGAGGUCUCCUCAGCCAACUGGCGAAAGUACGGGCCCUGGAACAACAAGUCGGAGCACGUCAUUGCUGUCGACACCCUCUCACGCGACGUCGACGCCGAGACGGGCAUCCUCCGCACUGAGCGCUUGAUCACCUGCAAGCAGUCAGUCCCUGACUGGAUCAAGACCAUUGUCGGCAGCACCGGUGACGAGAGCUUCGUCUACGAGGCCAGCUAUGUCGACCCCGUCAACCGCACCGUCACCAUGGUGAGCCAGAACCUGACGUGGAGCAACCUCGUCAACGUACAAGAGGAGGUCAUCUACAAGCCCCUGGGCGACCACCAGACCCAGUUCAUCCAGACGGCCAACAUCACCGCCCUGUGCGGUGGCUGGCAGCGCAUCAAGAACAGCAUCGAGGAUACCCUGGUGCACCGCUUCAAGGAGAACGCCGCCAAGGGCCGCGAGGGCUUUGAGCGCGUCCUCCUAAUGAGCCGAAAGGCCUUUGCUGAGGAGAAGGCGCGCCAAGGGCUGAUGCUGUAA